CCGGUGAUGGACAUUCUCAAACGCAAUUCUGAAAAUUACCAUGCUGUUCUCCAGCAAGCCAACCAAUAAAAAUACUACUUUUUUUUUCUAUUCUAUCCCGAAUUCUAAUUUUGUCGCCUUUCCCUUGCCUUUCUCAUGAAUCUCGAUUCCCACAUUGUAUUUGAAAAGCAAGAAGGCAACUUGUGCGCUCAGCAUGCCUUGAACGCACUGUUACAAGGCAACUACUUUACUGCAGUGGAUUUAGCUGAAAUCGGGAAAGAACUCGAUGACCGGGAAAGAAUGAUGGCCGGACGGCAAAUGUCUGUUGACAGCCAUAACUAUGACGACUCGGGCUAUUUCUCCAUCCAAGUUAUCCAGCAAGCCUUAUCCGUUUGGAAUUUAGAGUUAAUACCAUGGCGAUCAGAAGAAGCAAUUGAAGCGCGCGAACAUCCAGAGAACGAAGCAGCUUACAUUUGUAACUUGCAUCAACACUGGUUCACAUUACGAAAGUUCGCGGUGCCUUGGCAAUGGUAUAAUCUAAACUCCACCCAGAGUGCACCUUCUCACAUCAGCGAAACGUAUCUGGGGCUUUUAGUGCAACAGUUUGAAAUGGAAGGCUAUUCCGUUUUUGUGGUGCGAGGCACAUUGCCCAACUGUAUAGCUGAUCAGAUAGCGCCUACGUUGUCAAAGAUAACAGCCGAUUCAACUCCAUCCGGAUUUAGCGGGAAAGGUUACUCACUGACGGAUUCGCCAAACGACGAUGUGGAAGACGAAGAGAUUCAGCUAGCCAAAGCUAUUGAAGCAAGUCUACAGAGCAAUCCAUCUUUUGACAUGGACGAGUUGCGAAGAAAACGACUGGCUCGAUUUAAUGGAUGACCCAAAAGGUCAUAAAAUUUAUUUAAUCACUUUGAAUUUAACUAUCAAAAUUAU